AUGAACAAAGGGAAAUCUAUUUUACUUGAAGAUCCAAAAAAAAGACAAAACACUUCCUCUCCGAAGUUGUUGCAAUUUGCCAUAGAUACUCAUAAUGCUAUCUCACAAUCUUCUAAGAAAGUUAAAACUCCUCCAGCAGACAUCGAUGCUGAAGUGCUUGAUGUUGCCAAAGACCAAGGUACUAAAGAAGUUCCUCUUGUUCGCAAGAAAAAGACAACUUCUUCUCCUACAAAUGCCCUAGAAGACAUUUCCAAAAAAACUACCUUACCCCUUAAUCCAGUUAUCUUGGAGAAAGCUCAAGAUACACUCCCUUCUCUGUCUGAUAGUGGAGACAUUCCAUUGAGUCAACUUAAAGCUCAAGAUACACUCCCUUCUCUGUCUGAUAGUGAAGACAUUCCAUUGAGUCAACUUGUUCCUUCUACCCAGCAAAUAGACAAAAGAUUCAAAGUGGCUGCGAAGGAAAUGCUGGCUACUAUAGUAAUGACUACUCCUGUCAGUCAAUUCAUGCCUCUUUUUACUAUUGAAGAUCACAUAGCCACCAAUCAUCCUUUUUCUCUUGCUAAUAUGGGUGGUAAUCUUGAGGAACAGACUAACAUAGAGCAUAUCACACUCUCUCUAGCGAUCCCAGUUGAAGGUCCAAUUAACCAUUCCAACUUAGUUGUCCUCCAACAGCAUCCGCUCAGCCCACCUAGCCCUGUUCAGGAAGAGGUUUCCCAUGAGGAUCCCUCUACGAGGACACCUCUUAUUGAUCUCCUAAUUGAGCCUAGUAAUCAGCCAGAUUAG